GUGCCACACCCCCCCAGCACCGUUACCGCAGCAGCGGCAGCGGCGGCGCUGUGAUCAUGUGACGCCUGCAUUUCCGACACAACAAUACAACGGUAUCGGUCUGCAUUCACGCGCCCACUCCCCCUCGCUCUCAGUAUGGCGGACGGCGAGAGGUCUCCGUUAUUAUCAGACCUGGGAGAUGGUGCCCUGGGCAGCGGUAACGGCGGGCUGUCUCCUGGUGCAGCACCCUACGGCGUGCCCAACAAACCACCGAGCCUUCCUCCAUUUCCCAGCCCAACCCAACCCUCGGUGCUGUUAGGGGAGGAUCCUCCACCCUACUCACCUCUGACCUCCCCAGAGAGCGGCAGUGCCCCUGUUAUAAACUGCAGGGUGUGUCAGAGUCUCAUUUCUGUGGAAGGCAAGAUCCACCAACAUGUGGUGAAGUGUGGGGUCUGCAAUGAAGCAACGCCCAUUAAAAAUGCCCCAGCAGGGAAGAAGUACGUUCGCUGCCCCUGCAACUGUCUGCUCAUCUGCAAAGUCACUUCCCAGAGGAUUGCCUGUCCCCGGCCAUAUUGUAAGAGGAUAAUUAAUUUGGGUCCGGUUCACCCUGGUCCUGCUAGUCCUGACCCCCAGCCAGCUGGUGCCCGAGUCUCCUGUGGACACUGCAGCAACACCUUCCUGUGGACAGAGUUCACAGACCGGACGCUGGCCAGAUGCCCACACUGCAGGAAAGUCUCCUCCAUUGGUCAGAGGUAUCCCCGAAGGCGAAGCUUGUGGUGUUUUCUACUCUGCUUGCUAUUCAGCAUUUCCACUGCUGGGCUGAUGGCUGGUACGUGGGGGAAGGCUCAGCUCUACCCGGGGAUCUACGCCUCGUGGGCCGUGCUGCUGCUCCUGGUUCUCGUCACCCUGGUUCGGGCCUUCUACUGGGCCUGCAUGAGGGUCAGCCAGCCGCUCCAGAACUUCACAUAGAGCUGCCCCCUCUGACUCUGGCCCAGCCUCAACCCAGUCUGCCAGGCAGGAUGACAAAUGGCUUUAAAGUACCACAAAAACAGAUUAUUUAUUUAAAUCCAGAAAGCAAAUGUUCUCCCCCUCCUGUUUCCCUCCCUUUUAGUCAGCUGUGUUUCUAAACUGGAUGGAGGUGGCUGCGACCGCUACAUAUCUAUCAGUAAUUAUGACGACGCGUAUAGUCUAAUGUACUGUUUAGCUAUUCUAAUCUCGUGUGGGGUUCAUUGAACAUUUCAACACUCGUUGUUUUUCUCUUUACCCCUUCACGGUUUCUUUUUUGGAGUCUUGCACAUGUGUUGCACUCGCAACGUCUGACAUGAGGGCUUAUAGUCAAGUCUUAGCUGUGAAUAUGUUGUUGUUUAUGGGGGAUGUCUCUCUUUCUAAUCCUAAAUUCACGUUUGAGUUUCUUCUUUCAGCGUUUAACUUUUUUUUUUUUUUGUUUAAACUGAGGAACUAUUACUUUGUGGAUGCAGCAAUGAAGUCGUAUCAUGCUAACACAUUAAUGCCAGUAGAAGAUGAGUGGCUGGAGGGAUAUCAGCUUCCAUUUGUGAAUCAAAACAUCAAGUAGGCGUUGACAUGUGUCUGAAAAAUUGAAUUCAGCAGUAUGUGAAGGUUGGCUAUGAUGUGUCUGAACUCAGUGUUUAUGCUAAAUUAUCCCCUGGGACCGACUUUGAUCCAAAGCAGCUUGGAAGCCUUAAAAGAAGGUAUGAUAGUAGGACUGAAAGCACGCGCACACACUUGCACGUACGGCCACACUGUACUUAGAGCUGCAUAAAUGCAUAGCAGCACUCAACAAAGGGAGGCUACUGUGAGAGUUGCAGCAGCUCUGCAAUCACUUUGUCAAAGACACCUCAGCCUCCCUUCAAAGACGGAGCAGUGAGUAGAUUUUCCCCUGGAAGAUUCGGACAUGAAAGCUGGGCGUUUGUUCUGGCCUGACAACGGCAGUUCAUUCCUUACGUCUCGCGAUUUUCGUUUUAAAACACUUUAUUUCUAAUCAAUUAAAAGACAGGGCUGCUUUGUUGCCUACGUCUAUAUGGUUUAACUUCACUGCAUUUUGCUUGGCUUAACUCUCUGAAGCAAAGUGGCUCAUGGAAUAAAUCAUUCAGACAUGGAUAUCUGCCUUCUCAUCCACCAAACCUGCCCUGCGAGUACAAGUGCUUUAGAAACGCUCUCUGUUGUUGAUUUUAACCUUUUAUCCUCACAGACUGAGCUACAUUUGUCUUUGAGGUACACUAGAGAGUUUUAGGGCGCGUCUGGAGGUUUUGAAACGUGAGAACAAAAACACCUUAAAUAAUACACACUUCCAGCUUUCAAUGGCUCAUUUGAGAUGCAGCAGAGAUGGAGCCAGAUACUGCAGUUAGCAGAAAGCCUUCAUGCUGUUAAACUACGACGGCAUUGCUUUUGGGACCAUUUGCGGGGAGAAUCCUUCUCGUCGUCGCUGAGGAAGGAGCUGCUCUGGAGUUUUCUCAUUGGUUGGUUUGAGGUGACGCUUUAAGGCCAGUUAAACAAAGAGGCAAACACACACUACACGUUACACCGUCACCCGGUGGAUCUCCCAUAGUGACUUUUCUGUCUGUGGUUCUGAAUGUGGUUGUUUUUCUUUUGUUAUGAAUUCUUCUCCUUUUGUUUAAUUGUAAAUAUAUUUGUCGUUAUUGUACAGUGAACGCGACUAAGCGAAUUAUGUUGCACUGAGUUCAACACUACUGCUGAGAACGUUGUUUUUAAGACGGUUAUUUUUGCAUCUUUACACCUGUUCCGUAUUUAAUGAGCUGCGCCUCUGGACGCCCAGUUCUGUCCACAACAUGGUCACAGCAACAACACGACAGAGCAACACACACAAGCAUCUCAAACAUACACCCAGCACCUUAUACAAGAGAGAAACACUGCAUACACAAGGCAAGAACUGAGUUUGUACGGGGUGUAUCAUGUAAUUUAUUAUAUUGGACGUGCUGCAAAAAAGACCCACUUUAACACACAAGUCUAUUAAGUCCUCAAAGCUGUUUAUUGUGCAAACCAUCCAUUUUAAAGGGAGGUUCUCUUUCUUUAGAGUUGUUAGAAUGAUAAUUGUGUCUGUUUUCAUCAAGCCUAUUUCAACUUGUUGAAGCGGGCAUUCAUUUUUAAAGACUGCAGAAACCAACAAACAAGAUUAUAGGACAUUUAAGACGAACAGACUUGUUUAAAAAUGGCCUUUUUUCAGUCUGGCGACCAUGUUUCUCCAUGACUGCAGAAUGAAUCAAUCAUGUUAAUGCCAAUAAUCAAUAAUCUGGCUAAUGCUCUUUUCAGAGUUUGUUUACACAUAAUUAAAGACAUGAUGUACAAUAAAAAAUGUACAAAAUCA